AUGUUUGUUACUUCUGAUCCAAAGAAGUUUGUGAUAGUGGGUUCCAUUUUGCCACCGAUAUUAUCUACGGUUCCUGCUGAUCAUCCUAUCAUUAUGGAAUACUUGAAAACUGCAGUUUCUACUGAAGUUGGUGGUUCUGAAGAAGAAAUUCCUUGGAAAAAAGUCAAAAGUUCUAAGCGCAAAGGGAAAACAAUUGUGUCAAAGCAGUCUAAGAAGCAUACGAGGGAAAAGCCUCAAGUUGUUAUUAAAGAAGACUCAAGUGAACAUACUGCAAGUCUUGAUCGAAAUGAAACAGAGUCUGCUCUCAACAAUGAAGUCAAUUCAACAUUGGGACGAAAUCAAUAUCUAUUUCAGAGCCAAUUCAAACUCAUAUUGUCUCUUCGCUUUGUGGAAACUGAUUUAGUGUUUCAAGUUGAAAGUGAUCAUGAAGAUGAUGAUGCUCCAAUGACCAAAGGAUAUCUUCGCAAGCUGAACAAGAAGUUAGAUGAAAUUCUUUCUCGGUAUUCUACUUUCAUCAAUACAAAGUAUGAAGAACUGCUCUCUUCUCAUCCAGAAACAACUCAGAAUUUGGUCAACGAACAUGCUGAUAAGCUUUCACAAUAUCAGAAGCUUGUUGAUGAUUAUGCUAAACUGGUCAAGGAAGCAAGUUCGUAA